AUGACCCUUUGCUCCAAACGGGUUCUCACAAUUCCGACGGUGGGAAACAAAAUUUGCAGUGAAGAAAAAGGAAUUUGGAAAUCUGAAUUUCUGUUCAAGAAAAUGACUCAGAUGGUGGUUGCCGGAGAAGAUAGCUCCGGCGGCCGGACGGUGGUGGUGGGUAUGAAGUUGGAUGCUCAGAGCCGGGAAUUGCUGACGUGGGCUCUCAUGAAAGUCGCUCAGGACGGUGAUCGGGUCAUUGCUCUUCAUGUUCUCAACAACAAUGAAAUUGUGGAUCGUGAUGGUAAAUCAUCUCUGCUCACUCUUGUUAAAGCAUUUGACUCCAUUCUUGCAGUUUAUGAAGGUUUCUGCAAUCUGAAACAGGUGGAUCUAAAGCUAAAGAUUUGCCGAGGUUAUUCAGUUCGGAAAAUUCUUGUUCGAGAGGUCAAUUCCUACUGUGCAACUGACGUUAUAGUAGGGAAUGCUCGAAAUCAUCGUAUUCGGUCAUCUGCCUCUGUUGCUAAAUACUGUGCUAAGAAAUUGCCCAAGGAUUGUUCGAUUUUAGCUGUCAAUAAUGGGAAAGUUGUAUUUCGCAGAGAUUCCUCUUCAGCAUCUCGUGUUAGCAAGAAAGAAACUGAAAAUCCUCGUCGCAAUGGUUUACUCGCGGCCAUUCAGAGAUCAUUGACCAAGAAUGUUAAAGUACUAAACGAUGGCCAUCAAAAUACUUUUUCUAAAUCAGAUUUGGCCUUAAUUGUCUCUGGAUACACUGAAACUACCCUUCAGGGGAAGUGUUCCAUUUGCUCACUCGAUUCAGUCGCACCCGAUAAUUCCUGUGCCAAAUCAGAGAACGAUCCUUCACUCGAUGACAAUGGACAGAAUUCAUUGGCUAUAUUACCAGUACAGAAGUUAGAGGCAGCAUCUAGUUCGAUUUCAUUGUUGUUAGGAGAAUUGCCUGAACUGAGACCUGGUUGGCCUCUUCUUCGCCGAGCCUUUGUAACGAAUAGGAAAACUUCAUUUAACUGCCCCGUAAGGCAAAUUUCUGUGGUGCAAUGGGCAAUGCGGCUUCCCAAUAGAUACUUUUUGUCGAUCGAGAAUUCAACUAGAACAAAUAGUGAUUCUGAUGGUGAAAAAGAUCGAUCUUCUGAACUAGAUGGAGAAACUGGAGCAAUUGUCCCAGUUGGACACGAGACUGUUUCUACUCCAUCCUCAGCAGAUUGCAUAUCACGGCCCUUACCAGAAGAACUGGAGGGUUUCCACGAUAAGUACUCGGCAACCUGCAGAUUGUUUCAAUACAGUGAACUUGUCUCUGCAACAUCCAAUUUCGUUCCAGAGAAUAUGAUAGGCAAAGGAGGCAGCAGUCAGGUUUAUAGAGGACUUCUUCCUGACGGGAAGGAGCUUGCUGUCAAGAUUUUAAAGCUGACGGAAGAUGCUUUAAAAGAGUUUGCUUUGGAAAUCGAAAUUAUCACUGCUUUACAUCACAAAAAUAUCAUCUCGCUGUUUGGAUUCUGCUUUGAGGACAACCAUCUUCUCUUGGUUUAUGAUUACUUAUCAAGAGGAAGCCUUGAAGAGAACCUUCACGGUAAUAGAAAGCAACCGUUCACAUUUGGGUGGAACGAGAGAUAUAAGGUGGCUGUUGGUGUAGCCGAGGCACUGAAUUAUCUUCACAAUAGAGAUUCUCAACCUGUUAUUCACAGGGACAUUAAAUCAUCAAAUAUACUACUAUGUGAUGAUUUUGAGCCACAGCUUUCCGACUUUGGACUUGCUAAAUGGGCAUCAACAACUUCGUCGCACAUAACAUGCAGUGAUGUUGCAGGAACUUUUGGUUACUUAGCUCCAGAGUAUUUCAUGUACGGCAAAGUUAAUUACAAGAUUGACGUCUAUGCAUAUGGCGUGGUACUUCUUGAGCUUCUGUCGGGAAAAAAGCCCAUCAGCAAUGAUCGACCAAAGGGCCCAGAGAGCCUGGUUAUGUGGGCAAAGCCAAUUCUGAGUUCUGGGAAGUUCGUCCAACUACUGGACCCGAAUUUGGAUAGUAAUUAUGAUCAAGAACAAAUGGAGAGGAUGGUUUUAGCUGCAGCACUAUGCAUCAGACGUGCACCCCGAGCGAGGCCCCACAUGACCCUGGUUCUGAAGCUCCUGCAAGGUGACAACGAGAUGCUCAAGUGGGCGAGGUUACAAGUAAUUCCUUCAGAAGGUUCCGAUGUCAGGCAGCAAGCUAAUGCCUCGGAAGGACCCUAUGCAUUGGACGACGAAUCCUUUUCAGAAUCUAAUCUCCAAUCCCAUCUUAACCUUGCACUGCUGGGCGUUGAGGAAGAUUCUCUCUCUAUAAGCAGCAUCGAGCAAAGUGUUUCUUUAGAAGAUUAUUUGCGAGGAAGGUGGAGCCGAUCCUCGAGCUUCGACUAA